CGCCAUUAAACCAAAGAAGAAGAAGAACAAUGUUGCGCAUGUGUAGACUGAUAGCGUCUCCAUACCAAAAGUGUGGUGGUGACUACAACAGAGCAGCGCAGUCUUAUUCAUUUACACGUCUGUUUGUUUAUCGUAUCGUGACAAGAUGAACUAGACUCGUCUCAGUGAACUUCGAAGCAUGUUCGGCUCGAUAGGCAGCUUAGCUAGCUAGCUUAGCUUGCUAGUUAGCUUAGCUCGUUAGCCGCUAACAAAUAGACGCGGAAGUUAUCAACACAUCGCUAAGUAGAGAUCAAGUGCGAGUGUAAAGUGUUGUGGUUGUGUGAAAAUGUGCGUGAAAUACAAUUUCUGAGAGUUUGGUGAAGCAGCGACUAACUGCGGCGGGUUAAGAAAUGCUAGAAGGAACGAUAGCCGAAUACGAGGAGGAAGAUUAUCCAACCAAAAGAGGAGAAGGAGCGACAACAUCAACUUCUGGACGCUGAUUUCACAGAACAGAUGGAAGCGACUGAACAGGAGAGUAAACGGCAAAGGCGAGCAUGGAUUGCUGCAGUCAACCGACCUGAUGUGACGUGCAAGAACAACUUGUUGUUUGUUCGGAUCAUUUAAUUUCGGAUGUCUGUGAGGAACAUAUUCUCCCUGAGCAGAAGGAGAGGAACUCAAGCAUGGAGCAGGUGGAGCCACAACCCCCCCACAUAAAAGAGGAAGAUGAGCGACAGCCCUGCAACAUUGAAGAUAAGGAGCCACAGCCUCCACAUUCUAAAGAGGAAAAGGAGGAACCAGAGCCCCCUCACAUUAAAGAGGAAAAGGAGGAGCCAAAGCCCCUUCACUUCAAAGAGAACGAUGGGGAGAUACAGCCACCCAAUGUUAAAGAAGAAGAGGAGGAACACAGCAUCAGUCAGGUGGGAGAGCAUCUUAGAAGACUGGAUGAGGUUGAUGUCACCAAGAAGCCAGUGACUGGUGUCCCUGUGAAGAGUGAAGAUGAUGAGAAGAGAGAGGCGGAGCCUCCAAGCAGCAGCUCAACACAACACAUGACAACAGAAGCUGAUGGAGACCACUGUGGAGGAUCACAAGCAGACAAGCUCUUAGCUCCACUAUCAGAUAGUGAGGACACAACGUCACACUCUCCUGACACUGAUGAUGAAGACUCUAAAGCUGAUAAGACAUGUCACACUGACAACACCCACUUGAAAUGUUCUCACUGUGACAAAACCUUUAAAUACCAUAGUUAUCUGAAAAGACACGUGAGAAGACACACUGGAGAAAAACCAUUCACGUGCUCAGUUUGCAGGACACCGUUCUCUCAAAAGGAAACUUUGGUAAGACACAGAAGAAUGCACACUGGCGAAAAGCCUUUUAUCUGUUCAUUCUGUGGUAAAAGUUUUGUACAAAGUCAACAUUUGCAAAUACACACGAGAAUACACACUGGAGAAAAAACGUGUUCGUGUUCAAUCUGUGGUCAAGGUUUUACACGAAGUCAGUGUUUGAAAAGACACAUGAGAGUGCAUACAGGAGAGAAACCUUUUCCCUGUUCCGUUUGUGGUAAAGGAUUCACGCAAAGAACCGGUUUGAAAGUGCACAUGAGAAUACACACAGGUGAAAAACCGUAUUCCUGUUCAACCUGCAACAAAAGCUUUGCCGACGGAUCAAAACUUAUAAAACACACUAGAACACACACUGGUGAAAAAUUACAUUCCUGUUCAAUCUGCAACAGAAGCUUUUGUGACCGACCAAACCUUGUAGCGCACAUGAGAACACACACGGGAGAGAAAGUGUUGAGUUGCAGUGUAUGUGGUGAAAGAUUCUCUUAUAAGUACCAGUGUAAGAAACACAAGUGUGCUGGUGAGGACAGCAGCAGCAAAUGAAACUGCAGGAUUUGAAAUAAACUGACAAGACUUUAAUUUGGACUUUCUAACAACAUCAGUACAUAACAUGUGUGACAUCAUUGUUGUGUGUCUAACAUCCCAUCCCCAUCUAUUUUCUACCCCGUUUUGGGGUUGGGGGGGGGG